AUGUGCCACGGGGUGCUAUGGGUGGCCCUGCCUAUGCUCUCCCUGCUGGCCUGCACAGCGCAGGGGAAGCCACUGCAGAGCCGGGGGAGAGCUGUGUCUGGGGGAGAUGCCCACCGCUUGCUAGGGCAGCCUGGAGGUGAGCAGGAGGAAGGCACUUUCGACCUGAGGAUGUUCCUGGAGAACAUGAAGGUGGAUUUUCUACGCAGCCUCAACCUGAGUGGGGUCCCUUCCCAGGACAAAACCCAAGCAGAGCCCCCACAGUACAUGAUCGACCUCUACAACAGAUACACCAGCGACAAGUCGUCCACCCCUGCCUCCAACAUCGUGCGCAGCUUCAGCAUGGAAGAUGCCAUCUCUAUAUCCACCACAGAAGACUUCCCCUUCCAGAAACACAUCCUGCUCUUCAACAUCUCCAUUCCUAGGCACGAGCAGAUCACCAGGGCAGAGCUCCGACUCUACGUUUCCUGUCAAAGUCACAUGACUUCCUCUCAUGAGCUGAAAGGAAACAUGGUCAUUUAUGAUGUUCUGGAUGGGGAAGAUGCGUGGGAUGCUUCGAAGAGAACCAAGACCUUUCUGGUGUCCCAGGACAUUCGGGAGGAGGGCUGGGAGACCUUUGAGGUUUCCAGUGCUGUGAAGCGGUGGGUCAGGGCAGACUCCACCAAGAGCAAAAAUAAACUGGAAGUAAUUGUAGAGAAUCACAGAAAGGGCUGUGACAAGCUGGACAUCAGUGUACCUCCAGGCUCCAAAAACCUGCCCUUCUUCGUCAUCUUCUCCAAUGACCGCAGCAACGGGACCAAAGAGACCAGGCUGGAGCUCAGGGAGAUGAUCGGUCAUGAACAGGAGAGUGUGAUCAAGAACAACCCAGUAGAGGCAGGUGAGGACAAGGAUGAGGAAGAAGCCGUGGAAGGCCACAUGGCCACUGGGUCAUCCUUAGCCAGAAGAAAGAGGAGUGCUGGGGCCAGCAACCACUGUCAAAAGACCUCCCUGAGGGUUAACUUCGAGGACAUUGGCUGGGACAGCUGGAUCAUUGCACCCAAGGAGUAUGAUGCCUAUGAGUGUAAAGGUGGCUGCUUCUUCCCCCUCGCUGAUGACGUGACCCCAACAAAACAUGCCAUUGUGCAGACCCUGGUGCAUCUCAAGUUCCCCAUGAAAGUGGGCAAGGCUUGUUGUGUGCCCACCAAACUGAGCCCAAUUUCCAUCCUUUACAAGGAUGACAUGGGGGUCCCCACCCUCAAGUACCAUUAUGAAGGGAUGAGUGUGGCAGAGUGUGGGUGCAGGUAG